AGCCGCGGCCAUUGCCGGGCCGGAGCCGCGGGGCAGCGCUAAGAAAGUGGUUUCUUAGCCAAUCAGACUAUGGCCUUUGAAAGGAUAGCUCAAAAGGACUGGUACAAAAUCUUGGGUGCAAAGCCAUCAGACAGUCUGACAGAACUAAAACGGAAGUACCAAAAACUGGUUUUAUUAUAUCACCCAGACAAGCAGAGCGCAGAUGUGUCAGCGGGAGAAGUGGAGGAGCGCGUGCAGAGGUUCAUCGAAAUUGAUCAAGCGUGGAAAAUUCUAGGGAACGAAGAGACAAAAAAAGAGUAUGACCUGCAGCAGCGUGAACAUAAUCUGAUGAAAGAAUGGCCACUGCAUGCACAAGUUUAUCUUGAGGAUAUGUCCUGGAAUGAAGGUGAACAAUGUUAUACUCUUUCCUGCCGAUGUGGUGGAAAUUACACUGUCUCCAAGACUGAAAAAAAAGACGUGUCUUUGGUUUGUUGUGACACAUGUUCACUAGUGAUAGAGAUACUUCAGUGAUUGUUUCAAUCGAGCACAUUAACAGUUAAAAACUUUUAAAAAUCAUUGGAUAGAAACAGUGGAUAAACAGGGGACAGCAUCUGCUGAGAAAUAUGUUAAAGAAAAGGAGGACACUGCCAGAACAAGUUCAGUCAGGCUUAAAAAAGGAAAGAUGCUGAACUGCUAACAUAGUUCUGCAGAAAUGAAGCUUGUUUUUUCUUCCUUUCUUAAAGAGAUAUUUAUUAAAAAAGAGCUCUGCAACUCAACACUAAGUUCUGUACAACUGGAAUGUAUCAUCUGCUUGAAAUGACGUUUUUUUUUCCCAGGUAGGAACAGAGUACUACUUUCAGUUUCAGUCUGUAUCAGCUACAGCUUGGGUACUACCUCCUAAGGUAAAUCCUUUUAAAACAGCUCAGUUAUAAAAUUUAAUCAGAAAUGAUACAUGUGAGAAUCCUUUGAAGAUAAAGAGUAAGGCACAUAAAUGUAAAACAGGAACAUUUUGAUUUCUAUGCUAAACAUUUAACUUAUUUUACAUUGAUUUCUCACAAGGAUUUCAGUCCUGGAGAGAUGGAAGAGAACUGCAGAGCUAGGAUACCAAGGAGUGCAUAUAUACCCCUAUGCACUGGACUGUAGCAGUGUAGCUGCAUUAAUGCAGCAGGAGCAUGCUUUUGAAUUGAAUAUCCUGAACUAUACCUCCAUCUCCUGAACAAAUACAAUCUUGAUUCCAUAGAUCAAGGAAUCAGGAAGCUGCACUCUCACCUCUAACAGAUACACAGUCCACAGGGCCAAACUAGAGGUAGUUUGAGGAAAAAAACCUAUAAAAUACAUAUAAAUAAGUAGAUAUCAGAUCCUGAGCCUGACUGUUACUCUUUUCAAUAACCUUUUCAGUGCCUUUUCCUAAUGUAGGCGUUGUCUGUGUGUGGCUCCAGAUGUGCUGCAGUGUAACUCUGUGGUGCAUCUCCUUCAUCCCUUGUUAACAGUCAAUGUUAACCUUUUCUUUUAGUAAGAAAGAAUCAAAGCUUUCUAAUAAAUGCAAGCACUUACUGUGAACAGCCAGAAGAAACAGAGUAAGGAAGAGACAUACCAUUUUUUUGAUGGUGAUGAUGGCAGUGUAUCAUUUCAACUUUUAAAUUAGAUGUAAUAGCAGGGGAAAAAAAAUCUCUGUCAGGUAAUACUUGUAUUUAUUCUAAGCAAAAAAUAGUUCCAUUGAUUUAGUAGAAAGCAGUAAGAAAGUUGGCACUAGUCACUAAUUAUUUUAAUCGUCAAGAAAUCUAUGGCCAUUAGGGCUUGCACGCAGAAAUCCAAAGUCAUUCAGAGGCCAUAUCUGUAAAAUAAAAUACAGCAACAAAUAAAAAUCUUUUUAUCACAACUCAAA